AUAGUUCGCGUGACGGAUAGGCUGUGAACGGGAAAGCGGGAAAACUCGAGCGGAUGCGGAUCCGCACGAAUGUUCGGUGGGGCGACACGCGGCUCGCCUACGCCGCCUUUGAUGUACAGCACUGCGGCCAGUACAAAAUGGUCGACGUGCCUUGACCGUGUCGCACGGGUAGGCGAUGCGAGACUGCGUUACCCCGCGCGAGCGAGCUGCAGUGGAGUCGACGGCGACGCGUAUGCGACAUUAAAUGGCUAUCGCGGGAUAAUCGCGCCUUGGUCUGCGGUUUGUCGAGCUGAGAGCGAACGUGAGUGCGCCGUGAGUAUUCCGGGAGGCACGUGAAAACGAUGGAGAAGCGGCAAGAGGUGCUCGCCCCGUUUUCCUCCGACGAGUGUCCGAACAGCGGCGAGGACAGCGAGGAGGAUGUAAUAACCGAUUAUCUCGGCUCAUCGCACUCCGACUGCGAUCGCGUGCCUAUCAUUAAUGGGGAUCUGCGCGGCCUGAGUCUGCACGGCGGCGGCAUCGUCACGGAGACCGGUUACACCAAAGACAAUACCGUGAAAACGACGAUCAGCAUGUCGGCGGUCGGUAUGGGUGGCGACGAACAACACCAGCAGCAGCAACAGCAGCAGCACCACCACCACCAGCAGCAACACCAUCACCACCACCACCACCACCACCAGCAGCAGCAUCAUCAACAGCAGCAUCCGUUGCUUACACUUGGCACUAAUAUACAAGCCCAGCCUAAUCCUCUGGUGCCCAUCAUUAGCGUUACGCCGCACUCGCCCGGUCUGGCCAAGAACUAUCCGGUGCUAGAGGAAAAUCUACAGCAGCUGCAUAAGAUCCAUGACUCCAUCCAGCGUAUGCGGGACUUGACGUUGAGCACUCUGGGAUCCAACAACGACGCCGCGCUACGGUUGAGCUCCUCAUGCCCGACCUUGUGCCCGCUGACCGCGGCCGAGCUCGCGCCACGUCCCGGCAAUCAUCAUGACACCGGCUCCGACCCGGACUUCCUCGCCAAUUGCUCCACGAACAGCUCCCCGACGCACUUCCCGGGUUCAGCCGGCCAUUCUCGUUCGCAGCGGGCACAGACAGGUAUAGACAGAAGACGCAGUUGGACCGGGGACUUGGAGGAUCUGGAGGAGAGCCGACGCGGCGGCCGUCGCCGGUACUCCGGGCAGAAUCAUCUGCAGGCCCAGAACAUGGUUAAUAUUGCCUGUUACUUGUUGGAACCGGAGGUUGGAGCCGGUUCGAUUUCGCGACAACGCAGCAUUAGUUUAAGUAGCCUAGACAGCGAGAACGAGCUAGAAUUAGAUGGAAAAUCGUGCACCGGACCUGUAACCGUAGGCAAUCGGGCAUGCAGGUCGCAGACGAGCACUCACUCUCUGAACGAGGCUGAUCUUGUACAGAGCGAAUAUCAGAAGAUAGUCGCAAAGAGGGGUAAUCAGAGAUUAGCAGAAAGUAGCAGUUUAAUGCCAGGGCUGACUGGUUCGCGUUUACCUCUUCAGAAAUCCAUAUCGACGCCUUCGAUCGUUACGCCGCAGGUUCACGCGCAUUUAGGCGAAGCUGGAACUCGAACGACGCCUUCACUCGCAGCCCGUCAUGAAAGAAACGAAAAGGGUAGUGGGAGUGAGACAGAAACCGAAGAUCUUCAUACACCACACAGCCACGAAUUCCACGAAGACCGAGAGGGCACUCCGAGUGCCCAGACGAUAUCUCUUGACGAGCUUUUGACCGAUGGCACUGCGUACGAUGAUCAUCAUUCCGAGAAGACCAGAAGAAAGCGUGGCUCCAUCUUCUUUCGCAAGAAGAAGGAUAAAAGCGGCAAAAAGACUAGUCAGCAGCAACAUCUGUGGGUAACGAUGACUGUAGGGACUCAGGGAAGUUUACUGUGUGAUGUUUGUAUGAAACACUCGACGAAUAAACCGCUCCUUCAUUGCGACAAUUGCGGAGCGUCGGUUCAUCAAAGUCAAGGCUGCAAGGAUCAGUUGGUGCUGGAGUGCAUCAAGUCCAAACAUCACUCCGGCAAAUCCGCCGCGAAAUCCGCGUCGAAUGCCUCCACGAUGUCGAACAGCAACAGCGUGAAACGGGGCUCCACGACGUCGUUGCCCCUGCCAACGUCAUCCGGAAGCGGAAGGGAAAUUAACAGCAAGAAAACCGUGUCAAGCUACAGCCCUUGGCGGCGAGUUGCCACUAAGCUUGGAGUCAAUCAAACGAUAAACGAAGAGAAAGAUGGGGAUGGCGGGCAACAUCGCGACCUUCCCAGUGGAUGGGAGGAAUUUGAUUUCGGGGAAGAUCACCAGUUCACCGUGGCAGACCUCGACGAGAUCGAUCCCGAGCUGGGACUGAGCAAGGAGGAGCCGGAUUCUUGGAGCGCCGCCAUCGGACGUAAUGUCGCGCUGCGCCUCGUUGAUCAUUGCGAGCGUCAGGUGAAGAGGCAGGAGCACAUAUACGAAUUCGUGCUGACUGAGAAGCAUCACUGCCUGGUGCUACUCGCCAUGGAGAGAAUCUUCGCGGAAGGUCUGCAACGUCACUUUCGUCUGGGCCAGCCGGACCUUGAGCGCAUGUUUCCGCGAUUGCGAGACCUGAUCGACACCCACCUACGGUUCCUGCAGAAGCUGCGGAAGCGGCAGAACGCCGAUCACGUGGUCAACACGAUCGCCGAUAUCUUGGUCGAGCAGUUCUCGGGUGAGAACGCGCAGCGCAUGAAGAGCGCGUACGGGGAAUUUUGUAGUCGCCAUAGAGACGCCGUCGAAGCGUACAAGUAUUAUCAGCGUCACGAUCCGCGUUUCGCACGUUUCGUCCGCCAUUGUCAGGCGAAUCCGUUGUUGAAGAAGAAAGGUAUACCUGAGUGUAUACUGUUCGUGACUCAACGUCUGACAAAGUAUCCAUUGCUGGUGGAACCGCUCAUUAAAACCAGCAUCGUGCAAGAGGAGAACGAAAACUUACGCAAAGCACUGGUACUUGUUAAGGAGAUUUUAGCCGACGUAGAUGCCUGCGUAGCCGACAAGGAACGAGAAGAUAGGAAAUUAGAAAUAUAUAAUAAGAUCGACGCGAAGUCGUUUGCUACAUACCGUGGUGCCAAAUUCAAAAAGUCGGACAUAAUGGCGUUCAACAGAAUCUUGAAGUUCGAGGGCACCGCAUACUUAAUGCAAGGCCGUGGCAAAAUGACUGCCAUCGUAGUGGUCGUUCUCUCAGACAUAUUAUUUUUCUUGGCUGAGAGGGAUCAGAAAUAUGCGUUCUUCGUGCCUGACAAUAAAGCCGGUAUAGUAUCGCUGCAGAAACUGCUGGUCCGUGAAAAGGCCGGCCAGGAGUCCAGCAUUUAUAUAAUAAGCAGCAAUCCGGCCGAUCCGGAGAUGUUCGAGCUCAAAGUUCAGAAGCCAAAGGACAAGCAGCUGUGGAUACAAUCAAUCCGAUCGGCGGUCGAGGCCUGUCCGCAGGAGCCCGAGAACGAAGCCGAAUCGUUGACGGAAAACAGCAGCGAAUUACGCGACACUCGCUCGUCCUCGAUUUCCCUCGUAUCUGCCGAGGAGAAGCAACGCAUCGCUAAAGCUAAGGAAUCACACAUACUUAGAAUUGUUGGUGAGUUGCGGAAGAAAGACGCGGAACAGGCAUUGCUGUUCGAGGAGAAGAUGAGUCUGCAAAUGCGGCUUUUGCACGUGGCGAACAUUUGGAGCGCAAACGAGAGUGACAACGAGAGAAUCGAAAAGGAGGUUCCCGAUUACACUCGAUUUGCGCACAACGAAGGAACCGAUGCUCAAUUGUGGCAAGAGGCGCUCAUGGCCGUGCGAGAAGCAACGCGUCUCGCCAGCUCGCUGUCGUUCAGCGCGGGAGGCGCUACUCUAUCGAGAAGCUUGAGUUCUGCCGGUGAACGCCACAGCGAGGCUUACGUUCCGCCGGCUCUUUGCGUUCCUCGACGGGCCGAAACGUUUGCCGGUUUCGAUCAUAAUAAGGAAGGUAAUAAGGAGCGACACCCGGUGCGUGAUUCGAACGUCGUGAUACCCGUUCCGAAGCUCGGCGAGCUACCGAAAGAGAGCCCCGACGAAAAGGAGGGACAAGAAUUGGAGACCAAUAAGGAUCAACAGCUGGCGGCAAUACGUUUGUCUCAUCACGUUUAUACGUUGCUCUGUAUAAUAAAUAAUCAGAUGACAACGAUCGAAGGUCUGCAGGCGCAAUUGGCCGCGUGCAAAGAGGGCAGCAGUAUGCCUAUGACCAGGACCUCCAACAGCCGACCGAAUUCGAAUCGCCAGUUGGAGGAGUUGCGGAACUUGCAGGACCAGCUAUGUCGGGAGAAGGCUGCGUUUCGCGCCGCGUCGCAGCAGGAGAAGAGUCAAUUGGAUGAGGAGCGCACCGAGCUGGCACGGCAAAGGGAGCAGUUGGUCGCGGAGCAGCGAGACGUGACACAGCAACGGGAUCAGUUAUACCGGCGUCUCGAGGCCUUGGAGCGACAAGGUGUCACGUUAGUCGGGAGUUCCGCCAGCUCGACGACGAUACAUCUGUCUCACUUGCAGAACGCCGAGACAGUGCCCACGCGCAAGUCUCAGCCCGAGGCUAAACGUAUCCCUAUGAACUUGAUCAGCGCGACGAAUCAGCAGAAGGUACAGAGUAAUCUGCCGGUCAAGCAACAACUGCCUCUGAAGUUAGCUAGCGGCAGCAACAACAAUACAAGAAGCGGCAGCACCGCAAGUAACAACAGCCCAGACCGGCACUCCCGGGCAGGCAGCAGCCCGGCCAUCGUCACCGGCUCCGCGUACUCGUCCCCGGAACUCGGGAACAGUCACGCCGGCAGCAGCCACACGCAUUCGUCGAACCGCUCGCUCCGCAUCACACGCUCACCCCCGGACACGUAUGCGCAUCAGACACAGCAUCAGCAGCGCGGAGAUCCACCGCAACAGCAGCCACCGCCGCCGCCGCAGCAGCAACAACAGCAGCAGCAGCAACCGUUGGAAGAGGAGGUGAUCUUUUUCUGACGACUCUUUCGAUUCGGUCGCAAGCACUCGCGUUCUUCGCGCGCGACCACCGGCGUGGCCACGCCAACUUCUACGCCGACACCGUCGCGCAGCCAAACGAGGAACAGUCAACCUCGUAGCCGCGUCAAGUCCUUUUGACUUUCGACGUUCUCGCACUAAUGAUGCUGUCUCUACCUGUACUCGUUUUCGUUUCCCCUUUGCUUCUCAUCGUAAUCCUUCUUUAUUUCUGCGUAAUAUUCUCUCCCUUCUCCUUCUUCCAGUAUCUAUCUGUCGUGUCAUACUUGCCCUUAGUGUAUCUAUUUGACUCUUUCCUUUAUUCCGGAGAUUUAAUCGUUUUACUUGUAGAACUUCGCGAUACCUAGAUGAUGAUCUAUUUCAUAAUGAGAUCGCAAAAGUUGCUUCCAUCACACCAAUGCACAAUACGAUGUUCCAUCUUGUCCGCCACGACGCGACAACGUUGUCAAUAAACGCGAGCAAUCUACUUUUACGAUAUAGUUGAGAAAGGUAAGAAUAAUACCGAUGUGUAUGCUCCAAAUGUUACUGAUGGCAAUAAUAUCAUUUUUAUGCCAAAUGUCACGAUAUACUAUUUACCUUGAAGGAACGCGUUAAGUGUAAAGUGUAAUUUCUAUUAGCUAUUAGAGAAAAGUUCGCAGGGAAAAGUGGAUAAAAAGAAAAAAAAAAAGUAUUAACGGCCGGCUUAGCGAAGUAGAUCAGCCGAUCUUGUUGAAUUCUUGCGUCGUUACGUUAUUAAGCCGACUGACACUGUUUUAGAGACACAGAUUUUAGAUAAAUCUUUUAAGCAAACCUGUUGCUACUUGCUGAAAUGCAAGGUAGAUAAAGAUACAUAUAUAUUACGGUUACAUAUACAUGAAUGUGUACAUAUAUAUACUUUUUCAUAAGCGUACGUGUGACACACGUAUAUCAUUGUACGUGUGUAUGUGUGUGCGUGUAUGCGAGCAUGUGCAAUUAAGCAUGAGUGCAAUGACGAAUGUGUUGCGUGUAUGCAUAUGUAUGUGUGUGUGUGUGAGAGAGAGAGAGAGAGAGAGUGUGUGUGUGUGUGUGUGUCCAAUUAUCUCUGUGAAUGCAUGCUAGAGAACACGCGGGCGAGUCUGCGGUAGCUAUUCUUAUAUUGUAACUUUUAAGAUAUUUUAAUACGGCUAAAGUAAGAUUUAUCAUUAACAUUUUAUUAUUAUAUUAUUUUAUUAUUAUUUUAUUAUUGUGUGUGCCAAGCCGCUGAUCGAAGUCGAUAUUUCGUUUUUUCAAAACACUUGCUUUACAAACGAUUCUGUUACUAUUCUUUCCGGCUUUGCGAAUGAGUCUGCGAGUAUUAUCAUUGUACAUGAUAGGUACGUUGUAAAUUGAAUUGUUUCUUCCGUACGAACGAAACUGGCAUGAUGAGUGGCGGGGAUGGGGGGAGGGGGAUUCACAUUUGACACUCUUUACUUCGAGAUUAUUCACUGCCAUUAUUGUUUUUUGUCGAGUGUUCUUUUCUUUUCGUAUUAUUGUCUACAAUUUACUUUAUUUAUUGCAUUGUGUAAGAUCGAUAAUGAAAGUCCGCGCGAAUCUACGCGGCGAAUACAGGAGCGGCAAAAAUCGCAUUUACUUCGAUUCGGGCAACUCGCGGUAUUGUAGACUUCGUGUCGAUUUUUGCGGACUUUGUAUUCCGCACUGUCUGAUGUACUUUUUAUUUAUAUAUUUUUCACGCUUAUAUCAACGAAAGAAGAAUGAAUUCUUGAGUGCCGGGCGCGAAGGCGAAGACCCGUAAAACACAAAAGCACGGUCAUACUGCACGUUGAAACUGAUUCGCUGUUCCGUAUAGUACAGUUGGUAGCGCAUACCUAGCAUUUACCUUAGCGAAAACAUCACUGUGAACAACCUCUCGAAUUCAAACACGCAACGGACAAUUGCGACAACUGUGUUAUACAUAAAAGAAUAUAUUGUUGUGAUGAUUAUAUCAAUACGCAUCCGAAUUAUGGAUUCCUAAAAACGUCGAUUUAUGACCGUAAAGUUAUACGCCGUGUAAAUAUAACAUUCCUAAUACUGGGUAAGACUGACGUGCAAUAUGAUCGAAUUGAAGUAUGGGUAGGACAUCGUUGAGGCACGAUGAUAAAAGAAGAUAAACGACUAAUAAAUUAAUUCUCGUUAAGGAAACUUAAGUAAUACUACCAAGUUCGUCUCAAUCAAUCAUGGUGACAAUAGAUAUUAAAAGUAUUCCGUAAGAUGUCGAGUUAUGACAAAAAAAAAAGAGAAAAGCGACGAUUUACUACAAAUCUAUUACUACUAUUGCUACUCCUACCACUACCACCAUCACCAUCACCAUCACCACUGCAUCAUCACUACUACUACUACUACUCUAUUACUACACUAUUAUUAUAACUCUACUACUAUUACGCUACUACUCUAUUGUUACUACUACACUACUACUGUUACAAUGCCGAGUAUGCAUAUGCUCACAAAUGAUAUUACAAAUAGCUGUUAGUGUCCUCCACGGAUGAGUGUUCGACUUCAUCGCGCGAGUACGCAUAAUAUAUAGAUUCUAUUCUGCAUGUGACCAGCACACACACACACGUAUCAGAUAAAAGAACACAUCGGAUGCUCAUCGGAUAAAAAAAGAAAUGACUCGUAGAACAUAAAAAACCAAGAGACUAAACAUGCGUACGAUUAAUUUUCUCCGCGCACUCGUAGUCGCAUCUUAAAAGCCACGGUAUCUUAGAGCGAAUCGAUGACGAUGUCGUGGCGAAUGUGUCCGUAAAAUGCCCACGAAUUCUGUCCUCCCCCCUCCCUUGUUUAAGUGAUUUAUCCAUAUAAUGAAGUCGCACACAGUAUCCACGCAGGAUAAGGCGAAGAAUCAAAUCGGUAACAGCUAAAGAAUAGCGCGACGGCCUACGCGGGUCUCGUGGCGUUUUUUAGAAUAACGUCACGUGACGACGCAAAAAAGUUUGAGAAAGAAUAUAUAAAAAUAUAUAUAAGAAAAUAUAUAUAUAAGUAUAUAUAUUUUUUUAUAUAUAUAAAUUAUUAAUAACGCGGUUUUUCCACGUUUUAGCGAAUCUUUACGUCCCCGAUGCUCAUGGGAAGUAUUUUUGUACGUUUACUCUGUACCUACUGUUUCACUCUAAAACUGUAUCUACUGUUAUCAUUGUGAUACUCGCUGCUGCGAUCGUCUUUUGAACGUUAAUGUAAUAUUACUAUAAUAUGUAAUAAGCGAGAGCGUGCGUUUGGUUAAUGAUGCGCUCACGGAUUAAUGAUAAAGGUCUCUUGAAUUCGGACGAUUUUCAAAUGCGAAGUAUUGACUAUAGGCUAUUGUCGAUCAUUGUUGUUAUUAUCCGCAUUACUAUCGAAACGUUUGGUUGAUUAUCUUGUCAAGACUACCGUUUACUCGUAAUGCUCGGUACGAAUCCUCUUUAUGACAAUUAUACACACAUCUUAUACACCCCCUUUUUUAAUCUACCUUUUUUAACUCUAAUCUCGCUACGACAAACGAAACAGUUUCUCUGCGAGCUCGCGGUCUCGUUCUUUUCUCUUUCUCGUCUGUUAAUUCCGUAUAUCUGCAGAGUUAUAUGUGAUUUACAUUCCUUCGUAUUUACAUAAACCUGUGCUGCAUUUUUUGAUCGGUAUAUGACUCGCCGUUGAAUAAUCACAUAAACAAAUAAUACCUAUUUAUUAUAAAUGUACAUACAACUGUUAUUGUAUAAUAAAGAAGAAUGUGAGGGAAA